AUGGUGGCUGGAACCAGAUCCCUUGAACUGCGAUAUAACCGACGCUAUAAACACAGGAGAUCCGAGAACAUAGCCAGAGACUUUCAAACCGACUAUGGCACAGCUAGGCAUCUUCUGUACAACGAGCCUGAGUAUGCUGAUUCGUAUGUGCCGUUCGGACUCGAAGAGCUGUGGUCGAAGCUCAACCUCACCCGUAUGAUAGGCAGUGCUUUGGCCACGGAGGCGAUACAGAAGCGUAUACAAAGACUGCAAGAAGGGCGUAUCAUUUCCAUAGCUGAGAUCGCCUACCACCCAAAGAAGGUCCUGGAGGGAAAUUUAAUGGUUGAUCCUUUUACAUUCAACAACUAUCACCUACCGAUAAACAGUAUGAAACAUGCUAUCCUCGGGACGCUGGGGUCGAUGCGAGGUUCCCGGCUCUGGCAGAUGUAUAGAGAUGUGGUGCCUCAAAUGAACGGGGUUAGAGAUGAGUCCUAUUUGGUAGCUAUCGAGGAUGAGUGGAUGAAAAUGUUUCCAAACGAUCAAAGAGAUUGGGUUGGACUGGUACUCAAUAUUCUCUGGAUAGUGGAUCUGGUCACUCUAGAAGAAGACGCUUUAGAGGACACGUCACAGGAAGCUUGA